CAUCAGCAUCUCUCUCCUACCCACUGUCCAGUCCCUUCCAUGUCUGAUGAGUUGUCUUUAUUUUUAGUUUUUUGAUGAACCAUCACACUGUUUUCCACAAUGGUGGUACCAUUUUGUAUUUACCAUCAAUGGAUAAGGGUUCCAAUUUCCCCACAUCCUUGCCAGCAUUUGUUCUUUUCUGUGUUUUUCUUUUUUUUUAAUUAGCCAGCCUAGUGGGAGUGAAAUGGUAUCCCAUUGUGGUUUUGAUUUGCACCUCUUUGAUGACUGACGACUGCGUGGGGUCUUCAGUGGCUAACUUUUAGAAGUAGAUCACCGGGUCUUUCUUCCAUGGCACCCCUGGGUAAACUCAAACCUCCAACCUUCUGUUAGUGUGUUAAUUGUUUAUACCACCAUGAUGCCAGUAGGCGAUAUUUAUUUUUAAGUCUGAUUUCCUGCUACAAACCAUUCAUUCUGUCUCCUUUUUCUGGGUGGUUAACCUUGCCCAACACAACAGCAAUUCUCAUCAGUACCUUAUCACCUCUAGGAGAAAGAACUUUUUUAUAGUGAUGCUUGACUUAACCUGUGUACUGGCUAUGCUGUAAACUAUCACCCAAAUAUUAGACCCUUUAAGGACUGGCUAUGCUAGGGGCUAUUUAAUGGUUAGCAAGUAUUGAACAGGAGUUGAAAGCUCAUUUCUCUUUCCCUUGUGUGUGUGUUUUUUUAUCUUUAAAGGAAUGUUGGUAUUUGGUGAACAUGAACGCAACAGCAUGGCCAGGAGUACAGGGGCAGAAAUACAGAGGGACCGCAUGUGGAGAUUGCUUUUAAUUUUAAUCAAUCUUCGCUUAACAUUCACCAGGGCUCCUUAUUUGUUGCCAGCACAGAUGUCUGUGUCAGCAGGUCAUUCUCAUAGAAAUGACCAAUAUGCUGGCAUCUUGUAUGAAUUAAAUAAUGAUAUUUUACUGUUACAGUUUUUACUGAGGCUAUCCCUUAGCCUCUCCACACCAUACUGGCAGAUGGACAGCUUAAAGCCACUCAGCAGUGCUGUCAUAACAGCUAUUUCAUCUGAUUUGUUAUUUAAAAAACAAAAUAAAACAUAAAAUAAAUGUUGGCAUGUUUAGCCUCAGGUCAGUUUUAGGUACAUUGAUGAUCCUGUUGGGUUUACCUAGACACCCUGCUCUGUCAAUUUUCAGAAUGACUAAAACCUCUCUACCCGACUCCUCUUCGCCACAAAGAUUUCAUUUUCAGCGGAAGACUUGGCUUCCUACUUCACAGACCAGAUAGAAGCCACCAGACUUAAGUAGAAUGGAUGACCCUUCUGUCUGAGCUGCAUCCAGAUCUCAUUAUGCAUCAGAAAAAUGAAAAAACAGAGGAAAAUUCUAUGGAGGAAAGGAAUCCACUUUGCCUUUUCUGAGAAAUGGAAUACUGGGUUUGGAGGCUUUAAGAAAUUCUACUUUCGUCAACACUUUUGUAUUCUGAAAGCUAAGCUGAGAAGGCCAGUUACUUGGAGCAGACAGUUGAGGUAUUUCCAGUUCAGAAAGAAGACCCGUCAAAUCCAGAAAACGUGGAUCCAGGAUGAGUCUCUUUUUGCUAAGACCAGCUCAAAUGUGGCUGCUCAAAAUGUUAGCACUUUUCCCUCUAAAGUGAAACAAAAGUGUGAUAAACAAUUCAUUUCCUCCUCAAGGACCGUUCUGGAGCUCCAGUCAGAAAAGUUGCGGUCAUUAGCAAAGAACUCUGACCAUGAAUAUGGUGGAGAGAGAAGUCUCUUGCAGGCAGUUGCUGAUUUACCAGCAAAUAGUAUUUUAGGUCAGGCCUGUGGGCACAGACCUAGGACGGAUCCACUCGCUUCUGACUUUCCCAUGAAGUUCAAUGGGGAGAGCCAGAAUCCAGGUGAGGGCGGCACGAUUGUGGUCACCUUGAGUAACCAUAAGAGAAAGCGCUUUUGUUAUGGCUGCUACCAAGGACUGGAGCACCACAGAAAUGGGGGACCCCUGAUUCCAAAAAAGUUCCAACUUAACCAACAUAGAAGAAUAAAAGUAUCUCCUCUUAUGAUGUAUGAGAAAUUGUCCAUGAUUAGAUUUCGGUACAGAAUUCUCAGAUCCCAGCACUUAAGAACAAAAAGAAAAGUUUGUAAACAGAAAAAAUCCCAGCGAAGCUGGGUACAGAAGGUCACCGGAGACUAUCAGGAGACCUUUAAGGAGAACUGUGAGGGUGGCAACUGCAGCCUGUUCCCUUCCACAGAACCUAAAGACUCUUCUUGUCGGCAUCAGCCAUACUUCCCAGAUAUGGACAGCGAUGCUGUGGUGAAGGAAAAGAACUCUCAUGUGCCUGAUGGUCACACUAGAGGAAGCCCUUUCUUGGGCAAGGAGCUUAGUUUAGGUGAAGCAUUCCCUGACCAACAGAAUGGCAGUGCCACAUAUACGUGGGACCACUCAUCCUCUUCCUCUCCUAAGUGGGAGCCUACAGAGCUGAUUCAUGAUGCCCCUUUACCAGAGCAUUGCUCUAGUAACAUGUUCAUCUCAGAAACUGAAAGAGAAAUUAUGACUCUGGGUCAGGACAGUCAGACGAGUAACGUCGGUGAUGACAGAGGAAAGCUGUCAGUGUCAGGGGCAGAUAAGCCUGUGGGUUGUGUGGAUGGGCCUGUAUCUGAAGAGACUGUGCAAAAUGAGAGCUCAUACCAAAUGGAGGAGGAUGGAUCUCUCAAGCAGAACAUUCUUAGUUCUAAGUUGCUGGACCACCCUUACUGUAAAAGUCCACUGGAGGCUCCUCUGAUGUGUGGUGGUGGACUCAAACUAGAAAGCCCAGUGGGAGGUGGGAAGAACGGGCAAAAAGGAUCUCCAGUGGAUGACGAACAGCUGUCAGUCUGCCUUUCUGGAUUCCUGGAUGAGAUUAUGAAGAAAUAUGGCAGUUUGGUUCCACUUAGUGAAAAAGAUGUCCUUGGCCGACUAAAAGAUGUCUUUAAUGAAGACUUUUCUAAUAGAAAACCAUUUAUCAAUAGGGAAAUAACAAACUAUCGGGCCAGGCAUCAAAAGUGCAACUUCCGCAUCUUCUACAACAAGCACAUGCUGGACAUGGAUGAUCUGACGACCCUGGACGGUCAGAAUUGGCUGAAUGACCAGGUUGGUGUGUCGGAGCCUCCCAGACGUUGGCCUUCAAAAGUCAUUAAUAUGUAUGGUGAGCUGAUAAUGGAUGCAGUCCCAGACAAAGUUCACUUCUUCAACAGCUUUUUUCAUAGACAGCUGGUAACCAAAGGAUAUAAUGGAGUAAAAAGGUGGACUAAAAAGGUCGAUUUGUUUAAAAAGAGCCUUCUGUUGAUUCCUAUUCACCUGGAAGUCCAUUGGUCUCUCAUUACUGUGACACUGUCUAACCGAAUAAUUUCAUUUUAUGAUUCCCAAGGCAUUCAUUUUAAGUUUUGUGUAGAGAAUAUAAGAAAGUAUUUGCUGACUGAAGCCAGAGAAAAAAAUAGACCUGAGUUUCUUCAGGGUUGGCAGACUGCUGUUACGAAGUGUAUUCCACAACAGAAAAACGACAGUGACUGUGGAGUCUUUGUGCUCCAGGCCCUGCUAGGUCUGCACCUGGGGCUGGUCGCCCUCCACGUGCCGCUCACGUGUUCCUGGCCCUUUGCAGUACUGCAAGUGCCUCGCCUUAGAGCAGCCUUUCCAGUUCUCACAAGAAGACAUGCCCCGGGUUCGGAAGAGGAUUUACAAGGAGCUCUGUGAAUGCCGGCUCAUGGACUGAGACUCACCAGGGACUCUUGGGAAGUCUGACCAAGUUGGAGCAGGUGGUUUGUUACUUGAAUCUCCAAACACCUAUUUGAAUUUUUACAGAUAUUCUGAUCAGUGGCGUUGGACCACUCUUGUUACCUCAAAUUUAUUUUUGCCCUUCUUCAUUUCUCCAGCUACCAUGUACUAUUUUUAAUGUUCUGUUUGGUCUCAUUUUUAAUUUUAUGGACUCCGCGCGUUUCCCCCAUAUUUAAUAUUUAUUAUCCAAACGCAUGCAGAUAGAGCAUGCAGUGCAGAGUAUUAAAAACAAAACAAAACAAACAAAAAAAACAAGCCUAGUAUAUUUGGUGCAGCUUUUGAAACUUAGUUAGAAGUGAACUGAACACAGGUUUAAAAUUUAAUCCCAGAACCUAAAAAUGCGGGAUCUGUUUUUUUGAUACAUCCUAACUCUAAGACGGUAGAUGUUCCUUGGGGGAAAAGGGUAGCUAGGAGUGGUUUUGACAAAGCCAGUUUGUUUUGUUUUUACCAGCAGCACUUUUCACCGACUUCCCUCUCCAUGAGUCUUGGAGAGCUAGAUGCAUUCCCUUUUGAAGGGUGAGAUGGGAGUGGCCAUAAGCUCACUUGUGCGAUUCCGUUCAUGGGGGCACAAUUGUUUUAAGCACAGGGCCAGCUUUGGGAAAAGUGAAGGUAUGAAUGUUCUCUCCUGCCCUCUGGGAUGAACAGAGUGUAUGUGGCUUCAAAGCAAAGCAAGACCAGACAGCAGUGAGAACCAGAUAGUUGUCGCUGACAAAUGGGCAGCCUUCAAGCUUUCAUUUGAAAUCCGGUGUAUUGUUGUUGCCCUCCAAGAGGAUGCUGUUGCCCUCCAACACCCUGUUCUCCUGUGAGAAAGAGGCAGCAACCUUGGGGGCCCGUUACCUUGGCAAAUGAGAGACUGCAGUCUCGGUUUUAAGAAUUGAAACAAAUGCCUAAAUCUUAUAAAGGCUUUUCCUGGGACAUUGAAUGUCCUGGAUUUUCCCGGUUUUGGCCCAUUAAAAAACUGAACAUCCAUCAAACUAGUGGUCCAGCAAAUGAGCAUUCUGCCUUUAUAGGAGUAAUUUGCAAGUUGUCACUUCCUUUGUAUGGCCUCCCUAUGGAAGAAAUUAAGAUUUACCAGAUGCAUUUCUAUUACAAGGACAUUGAGAAUGAUAAAUUAAAAAAAUGAACUUUUUAAACUUCAUGUACUGAAAACUGACUUCAGGUCUUUUGCAGGUUGGUGGGAAGAGAAGAGGGAAGGUAAUAAAGACUUAAUUCCAUGGGAGCAGCAAACAUUAGUCUUCUUAUGGCUCUUGCUGGCAGCCACGUGCAGGUCCUGAGGCUCUGCCUGCCCGCUCUGAUACUCCUCCUACCUCCUGCCCAGGAGUCUUCUUUCCUUCUAUGAAUGAACCUCCUCUUCUGGGGAAAGGCAGAGGCAGCCCUGUCCCUACACGUAGCUGCAUUAGGAUUAAAGUGAUGGACCUUGCAUCCUGAAUCUGCCUUUUGUACUAUAUUUGAAAGGAAAGGAAAUACGGAAAGAUGCAUGUUUAACCUACCCAGUUGUCCUUUCUGAACUGGGGGGAAAACAACAAAUGUGUACAUAAGAAACUCAGAAGCUUGUACAGAAAAAUACCAAGUAAAUGGUAGAAGAUACUUGAAUUUAUGCCCAGUUAGGUGUGGGGUGUUGCAAAUUAAAAGCUAAUAUGUGCAGUUUAACUUGGCCCUGAGGUAGGGCUGAGAGGAGGCUGCCUGCCAGUGGUCAAGGGUUGAGUCAGAACAUGUUUACAUGCAGGCUUCCCAUCCCCGGACAUUCCAGGCACCAACACCAGUGUUUACGUUGGUUAACAGCCCCAGCACUUCCGUCUCCUGAGUCCUCCAGACUCAAACUCCUUAACAGAAAACCAGGUCAGUAUUUCAUACUGUGCUUCAAAAGUCACUGGGAAGACGUUCUGAGAUUAGAGGCACUUCAUGCUGCUACAGGUAGGGGGUAUCAGCAUUAGGAAAUAUGACAGUUUAAAGUGGAGUGGAUGUUCUUGAGGUCUUCAGAGGUAAUUAUGCAAACAAGGCUUUGCAUAUGUGUAUGCAAGACAUUUGUCUCUGGUUUUUAACUUUUUUGGGGGGGGGGGCGGGUAGCAGUGGUGACAGGAGUGCUGUACCAAAGUAGCCAGAAACUAGGCUGUCAAGUCAAAAUGUCUUGUGUUUUCGUAUCUCCUCCUCACCGAUGGAACCAGGCAUGCAGAAGAGACAGGAAAAAUACUGUUCUGGCAAGAAUGGUAGCCAGUGCCCAGAGCUUGACCAGCUAUUUCCUUCUGUCUGAAAACGGUCUUCACGGCAGCAUCGAGGCAUACAGGGAUGUGUGUUGAGAGCCUUAGGGAGCUUUCCACAUCCACUUACUCUUUCAGUUCAAGCUUAAUAGGGCACAUUGAGGUGCAUUGUCCUGCAUGGUUUAGCUGAAAUGUUGAAUAUUUUAAAAGUCUGUUUAAAAUGCUUCUCUGCCAUUGGUGAAACUUCCCCGCCCCUUGUUGUGGUUAGGUGUAGACUUACGUUUAGCCUAAGCCCCAGAUUAGAAUGCCCUGAUGUUGCAGUAAUUGCUUCCUUGCCACAGUCCUUUUCGAAGUAGACUCUGGUCUGUUGGUAAAAGAGACAGGCAUUGCUUGCUUUACUGUCACUAGCUUGGCACUGUUUGGGUACCCACAGGUGGGUGGGUACAUCUCAUGCCUUUGAGGUUGAGUGCAGGCCUUGUAUACUUGUACACUUACGAUGUGCCUUCAACAAGCUGCCCAGUCCUCCCAUCAGCAAGCUUAUCAGCAAUUUUCCCCUUUAUUAAAUCUUUAGCCAUGAGUGUAGAUUCAGUUCAGCUUGUAGUUCUCUCAAGAAUCAGAGAAUCAACCUUCAUUUAACCUCACAAAGAAGGGAAAAGCAGCAGCUGCUGCCAGCAAUCCCCAAAUGACUUUUUUGGCUUUAUAUUUUAUUUUCUACUUACCGUUGAAUAUCAGUAACACCGGUCACCUUGAAUUCACAGUUGGGAUAAAACACUAACAGGCCUAACUGGGACACAGCCGGCUUAGCCUAAGCUGAGCCGCCCUUCCUCUCCAGUGGUAGCUCACUGCUUUGCUGGGUUAGAAGAGGUACUGGAGGCUCUGGGUGGGUCAGACCCUUCAGGCGAGAAACAGUGUAUUAAUAGUGUGAAUUAGAUAUAUUCAUCAGUGGCUUUGCUUAAUAAUGUUGAGAAACAGAAUUCAGUCAGCAGUUAUUAAGCACAUGCGUCGUUAUGUGCUCAGCUCUGCCUCCUGGCCUGUAAAUAAUCAAGAGGACCUGGGGAACACCAUCAGAGAAGUGCUACUUAGCAUUUGGGUGUUACAAAACAGACCUAGACAAGCUGUUCACUUAAAUGGUACCUGUUGGUCAGAAAAAGGAAUUUAUUUAAAGAUUGUUAUCAUGUAAAAUUACAGUACUCAACCCUUCUAGCAAAAUAUUUUUUUGAAAAUAAACUAAAUGCCUUUAUAAA